UUUAACUGGGCCCCGAGGAAAGGCAUGUGGGAUGAAGCCAAACCCAAAGAGAUCUCCAACCUCUACACCAUCACCAACCUGGCCUGGAAGAGAGACGGGUCACGCCUUUGCGCUGGAACGCUGUGUGGAGGAGUGGAGCUGUUUGAUUGCUGCCUGAGGAGAACUCUCUAUAAGAACAAGUUUGAGAUGACCUACGUUGGCCUGAGUCAGGUGAUUGUGAGGAACCUCUCCACAGGAACACGGGUGGUUCUGAAGUCCUACUACGGUUAUGAGAUAGAGGAGGUUAAGAUCAUGGGAAAAGAUCGGUACCUGGUGGCUCACACCUCAGACACUCUGCUGCUCGGAGACCUGCUGAACAAUAAACUAAGUGAGGUAUCUUGGCCCGGUUCUGGAGGAAAUGAGAAGUUCUUCUUUGAAAAUGAAACUGUGUGCAUGAUUUUUAAUGCCGGCGAGCUGAGUUUGGUCGAGUACAGCAACAACGAGAUUCUGGGAUCUGUCAGGACCGAGUUCAUGAAUCCUCACCUCAUCAGUGUGCGACUAAAUGAGAGGAAGCAGAGAGGAGUGGAAGACAACAAGAAGCUCGCCUAUCUGAUCGAUAUAAAGACCAUCGCCAUUGGUGAGAAAAAAGAAGUGCUGUGUGUUUUAAAUUAG